GCAACCUGAGACGGGAUAGCCAGCCAGCUAACUAAACCAGCUAAGUUAGCUGCUCUGCUAGCCGCUGUAUAAACCAACUGUCACGACUCGUAAUUAUUCGUCUAAGUUGGAGAGACAUAUCGUGUUUAAAGUCGUUUCGACAAAAGAAGAGGCAAAGUGACUUUCUCAUUUGCCUUAAUCGCAGCAGUGUUGACGGGUGAAAGCUUGUGUGCUUUUUUGACACAAAGUGUGUUCCUCUUAGGCUCCUCCAACUCCUUCCUCCUGUGUGAUAUGACAUCGCUGCUUGGUCACAGCAAAAGCCAGAGAUCGACAGCAGACGGUUGACAUCUGGUCAGGUGCUGUUGAAGAGCAUGGCUGCACAGGUAGAAGUUCAGACAGGGGAGGUAGGGAGGACAGUGGUGGGAGGACGUCUUCACCUGAGUCCCCUGACCGACUCCAGCAAUAAAAGCCACAUCGAGAUGCCUCCCAUCAGCCAGACCCAUAUCAUGACUCCAGAACCUAACAAACCUGUCCCAGGCCCCAAGCCACGGCUCACUCCCAAACCUUUUACUGUGGAGAGAAACACCACUAUUAAGCCCAUACUUGCUCCUAAGCCCCAACCCAAACCCCGACCAGAGUCCACUCGCCUUCCUGGAUACAAACCGGAGAUUCAAUGCAGUCCAAAACCACAGCAAUCAGUUCCCACUAGCAAACCCAGGCCAGUGUCAACCAACCCCAACCGACCUUCCCCUACCUCCUUUAAAACAUCUAAUAAGUUGAACACUGGACAAACAACAAAGCCAGUAGUCCAACCAUUUAAACCGGCUCCUCCUCUUGACCCUGAAGACCCCAGUAAACCCAUUUUUCCUCUAGCAGCAGAGAGACCAAAACCUGGUUCAUCAAGCUUGGCCUAUUCCAAGAGUCUUAAACAACUUCCUGCAGCAGAGUGGUCUGGAAGCACUAAAAAUGAAGAUGAGAAGGACCAGAUGAAAUCCAGCAGAGGUGGGCCCUCCAUUACCAGAGCCAAGUCCAUGGGUUUUCUUGCUCAGGUAGGGCAGGAGGAAGAAGAAGGGGAGAGGGCGAAUGCUGUGGCAGAAGUAACACUGCGGCCACAGCCCAGAGGCUCCAGGCCCAGACCUGUGUCAGCCAUUUUUCUUGACAGUCCAACCCAGACAGACAAACCAGUUCCUGCACCUCGCUGGGCAAGACGGCCGCUUUCAGCUGAUCUCACAUCCAAGUUUGAGUCAAUCGGUCUGUCACUGCACCGUAAAACUCCCAAAGCAAACACUAAGGAGAACACUCCAGAGGAUAAGGCACUGCCACAGAGGAGAGAGCAGGAGAAAACCCCUAAGGCUACCACACCACAAAGUACUGAUGGUGGAGCUCAUCCAGGUGUCUCAGACCAAAGAAACAAAAAUACAGAAGAAAUGAAAGAGACUGGUGAGGAUAAGCCUGCAGUUAGCAUCAAGUCCCGAAUCAGUCUCCUCCUCGAUUCAUCCUCUUCUCCUGGGACAGGUGUCACAGGCCAAGGGACAGAACUUCACUCUCCAGUGCAGCCAGUCCCUGAACCCGAGCCAGCAGUGGGUGUCAAACAGCUUAUCAAGCAGCUGACAGAGGACACAACACCAACCCAGGGCCCUGCUGUGAAACCACCACUGAAGCCCCGCCCCUUACCCCUUGACCUGACUAAAAGGUUUUCUUCCGAGAGGUCGCCAGACACUGGCAGUGUUUUCUUCAGUGAGGCAACAGACUACCAUGACAUCAUCAAAGAUCCUCAGAGGAGGAUUGAAGAGUCGGUUAUCACCCCCAGUGACCAGAAGACUUUUGAGGAUUUAAAAGACUCCCCAGAGCAGCUCAAAAAGGCCUCCACGCCUGAAAUGCCUGAGACAGGACAGAUGUUUGGCGCCACUUCCAAGGAAAGUGGUCCCAGCAGAGACGUACAGACAGUGAGAGCAUCCUUGUUUGAAAAUGUUGUGGAGAGACACAGUGUGCUGAUGGUGGAGGAGGGCAAGCCUGUAAACAAGGCUAACGAUUCGCUCAACAGCCCGUCGUUUAAGAGAGGAAAUGCAGAAGAUGAGGGAAGUCUGGUCACAGCCACCUACAGAGAGCCUGCAUCACCAUCAAGUCCUCUGCGGGUUUCGCAUGCCUUCGACACUGUGCAGGGAGUGGAAGAGAACAGGGCAGUGAGUGAGAACAUCCCAUCAGCUCAGAGGGAGGAUAAGGCCAUGACACUACGCUCACGGCGCUCCGAAGGCAGCAGGCCGGUGGCAGAGAGGACCGAACCAGCGUCAGCUAUGACGCCGGAACACCAGCCUCGAUACCUGAGAGUGGGAGCUUUGCCGAAGUGGAACUCUGCAGGUCUGGAGCAAGAGGCAGGUGUGGAGACAGGGAUGCUUAAGGAAUCCCAAAGGGAAAGACCAGUGGCCAUGGGUCAAGAAAGACAGAGAGAGGCCGAGCAGGAGGAAGUGGCUGCUGCUCCUAAACGUUUGAAAAUGCUGCAGGCGGAAGAACAGCCAAAGCCCAGGGCGACCUACUUUGCUCUGACUGGACAAAUACAGGAGCCAGUUUCUCCUGUAGAUACAGGAGCAAACAUGGGGGACAUGACUGCACCCUUUGAUGAUUUCUCUGUGAGGUCUGCACAGGGCAAUUCUCAAGGGAAGGUUCUUCCAAUGAGGAAGAAUCCAUCAUCAGAAGAAGCUUUUGGAAAAACCUCUCAGGCUCAAGUUGAUGAGUUGCUGAUGAGGAGCCACAUGUCGCACAGGGAGAUAAGGUCAGCGUCGGACGAAGAGACAACGGAGGAAAUGAUGAAAGAUGAAAGGAAAAGAGAACUACAAAAGGAGACGGAAAGACACAUGGCGAAAAUAAAAGUGCUUGAGAAGGAAAAACAGAGACAGCUGGAUAUAGAAAGAGAACAUUUAGAAUUUGCACGAAUGAAGGAGAGGGAGAGGCAAAGACAAUUUGAAAGGCAAAGACAAAAAGCCUUUGAGAAGGAGAAACUGGAGUUUGAGGAGAAACAGCGCGCACUGGAAAGGCAGAAAGAGUUAGAGCUUGAGAAACAGAAAGAACUGGAGAGAGCAAGACUAAGAGAACAGGAAAAAGAGAGGCAACGGCAACUUGAGAAAGAAAAACGAGAAUUUGAGAGACAGAGGAAGAUUGAACGAGAGAAACUGCGAGAACAGGAAAGAGAGAGACAAAGACAAAAGGAGGAAGAGAGGCAGAGAGAGCUGGACAGGGAAAGGCAUCUGCUAGAAAUCCAAAAGGAGAAACAGAAAAUGGAGGAGCUGGAGAGAAUUAAAGAGCUGGAGAGAUUGCAGCUUUUGGAGUUUGAAAAACAGAAGCAGAAAGAAAAGGAGAGGCAGCAGCUCCUGGAGCUCGAGAAACAGAGACAUAAAGAGAAGAAGGAGAGAGAGGAGGCAGAGAGAAUAAGACAGAUGGCAUUAGAACAAGAAAUGCUAAGAAUGAAAGAGCUUGAUAAAGAAAGGCAAAGACAGCGGGAGAUGGAGAAGGAGCACCAGAGAGAGAUGGAGAGGGAAAAGCAGAGAGAGUUGGAGAGACAGAGGCAAAGAGAGUUAGAAAAGGAGAGACAGAGACUGCUAGAUAUUGAGAGACAGAGACAGCUAGAUAUUGAGAGACAGGAGUUAGAAAACCAGAGGCUGAGACAACGAGAACAGGAGAAGGAGAGGCAGAGGAAGGAGGAGUUAGAUAGAAUUAAAGAGAUGGAGAGAAGACAGCUCUUGGAGUUGGAAAAGCUGCAGCUGGCAGAGAGGGACAGACAACAAAUUUUGGAGCUGGAGAAACACAGACUGAGGGAGAGGAUGGAAAGGGAGGAGGCAGAGAAAAUGAGACAGAUAGCCAAACAGCAAGAAGCAGAGAGGCAGCGACUAAAGCAGAAGAGAGAGGAACAGGAGAGGGCAAGGUUGGAGUCCUCAGCUCUCAGGCCUCAAGUGUUGGAUCUGGACUCUGUGCUCCGAAAUGACCCAUUUUCAAAGGCAUCUCCUCAGCGCAGUGACCCUUCAACGCGGUGGAAGGAGCCGUCUCCGAGAGCAGAGGAGUCAUACAAACCUGCCAUCCUCGACAUAGACUCUUUCACAUCUCAAGCUCAGCUCUCCCCCAGUAAAGACUUGUUUUCUGUUUCUGCUACUCAGGGUGUAGACGCUGGGUUUGGAGCUAGAUUACAGCCUACACCUGAUGUAGAUGUUAGCUGGAAGGUGCCCUCACAGACUUCAGGAGGGUUCACAAGCCCAGUGUGGACAACGUCUCCUCAGGACCCGUGGGAGCUGCGGACUGUUGAAAUGUCUGUGGACAAACCUAUGGCUGAACCAAGAAAACAUGCCAACAAAGUGAGCCCAGAGCAGCUCCUCCUCAGGCAGGGGGAGCGGCUCCAGGCUCCACAGAGGCCCUGGUCUGCUGUGAUGGAUGAGCAGUUCCGCUUGGCCCCUCUUCCCCGGACAGAGGCCAAGAGUGGAGGCUCUCCAGGUGGAGUCUCCAGCAGCGCUCCUGCAGAGCAGAUAUGGCUCCCCAGGGAGCCACAGCGUCAAGAGAGCAUGUUGGAGGUCCGUAGCCACAGGAGGUCACAGGGAUCGCAGGAGUUGAACAGGAUGCGAUCCCGCAGUGUGUCUCGACGAUCAGCUCCUUCAGCCAGUGGUGUGGAGGGAAGCCUUUCCAGGAUGAGGAGCCGCAGCGCCCACCGAGAGCAGGACCUCAACAGCUGGGUGCAGCAGAAACAAAGUGGCAGUGGUGAAGAGGAGGGGACGGAGGAGGGAACACCCGCCCGUGACACUGACAGUCAGUAUGGGACCUGGGAGACGGGGCUGCGCACUGAUGACAGCCUCACUCCUGCAACUCCAAGUUCAGAAAGCAAUCUCAGCCCCUCACCGAAGAAGCCCACUCCCCCACACACGAUAGGAGAUCCUGCCUCACUGUUGGAUACUGAUGCUCUGGAUGGUCUCGAUCCCUCAUCUGAGAGUCAGCCACUCCCUUUCCCUGAUGCCCCGGCCGUUCUGUUAGACACCAGUGCUCUCCGCUCCAGAGCCCAGCUGGGUAAGAAACGAGCCCCGCGGACACGACCCUCCAGAGCUGCCCGUCAGACUGCUGCCCCGUCAGAGGAAGGAGCCACUGAAGACUGGCUUUACAGAGACUCCACAGAGGCAAAAGUCGAGAGCAAGGAGGAUGACUCGGACUCAGAGGAGCAGGCCAAAGGAGCAGACGCCAGCGCUGCUGUUUCCUCUCAGCCACAGAGGGUCGCCCUGUUCCCUGGGAUGGACACCUCAGCUUUAAAAGCACAGCUGAAGAAGAGGGGUGACUCUGACAAUCAAAUCGAUGGACCUACUCCCUCUCCUUCUCAGCUUUCUCGCUCUCCCAAGUCCCCCUACCUUCCCAGAGCAGCGCGUGUGCUGCCCCAACCUGGUGGGAAAGAGAAUGGUGGGGAAGACUCACCCCAGUGGCUGAAAGAGCUGAAGUCCAAGAAACGCUUGAGUCAGUAUGAAAAUGAGAGCUAAGAAAUGAAUAAGGUUGCCUUAACAGAUUAAUCUAUAUGAAACAGAAGCCUUAACGUUCGACCCAGAGAGUAGGAGAGGUGAAUCUACAGCUGCUGAUGUAUUUUUUUUUUCAGUUUUUUUUUUUUUUGUUCUCUUCCCAUCUGGGUUGAUAAAUGUGCAUGGUGCCUUUUUUCACGGAGAGUCUCUGUCUUACGGAAAAAAAGAAAAACAAGCAAGGAGGAAAACACAUCAGGCUGCUCUGCUUUAUCCAUUUCAAGCUUGAACCUGUCAAAGGAGGCUCUUCACAUGAACACUUUAAUAGGGACCAGGUGACGUUUGGGGCGGAGGAGAAAAGGCGAUUAUUGGCAAUUAUUUCCUGUCAGGCGGCCUUUCAGGAAAUGGUUAACUUGUGGGACCACGAUGCCUCUUUACCCUGGACUUGCUGGAGGACAGUCAAUCUUCCUCUUCAAGAUGUUUGUAUUUAGUUACCCGACUUAUACGAGUUGGCUGUGUCUGCGUUAGACAUGCGUGUUAUCAGUCAGUGGAGGUUGUUGAUGGGAGUCACACAAGCAUCGCCAUAGGAUAACAUUUCAGACACUAAUGAUUUUCCUUCUUGAACAAAUCACUGCUGACUUGAUUGCCAGCGAGAGUGUAUAUCAUGUUAGUAACUGUAAUCAGGAGAUGUUAUAUUUGUAUUAUCAUUGAUUUAACAGAGACAGAGCUAGUUUUGAAAGAUGCAUCACUACAGUAGACUUUGUUACACUCCACAAACCCUAACAGUGUCACAGUUGCUGCAUACUGUAUAUAUGUGUUUGUCUCAGUAUCUUUUGUGGAAGAGGGGCGGGGGACUUUUGGCCAAGUGACUUUGCAUAUGUCAAUCAUGAACACUCCUUGUCAGCACAAGUACUCUUCAAUCUUUUAUAUGAAAAACACUAAAUAGCCUGUCUUCCUUCUUCAACAGGUUGAAUGAUUGUAGCUGUAAGCAUUCAUUAUAAGCCAUACGUUCACCUUGCAGCCCUCAAACACUCCUGUUUUUUCCCCAACGAAUGUGCAAUUUUCCUCAAUUUUGUCCCCAGUAAUGUGCAUGCACAAUCUUUUCUAUCAAACCAGGCUUUGCUUAAACUGACCGGCGUCAGAGUGUCGGGGUAUUGACUCCAGUGGAGGGAUGUUUUUUUUCACUACGUUGUUAUAAUGACUCUAUAUACUCCAAAAAAGAAUUUGCACCUGCUUUUCAACUCCACUGUAUUCUUCCUCCUCAUGUUUGCCAUCCAGCCACUCACACUGCGCUUCUAUAAAGCACUUUGUCACUUGAUGCACUACAGCACUGACCUCUGCCCCCUCUUGUCGGCCAUGUCUCGUCUCCUGUGUUGUCGGAGUGCUCACGCAAUGCAAGUGAAUGUGUCGAUCGAGUCUUCGGAGUGAUCGUCCCUGGUUUCUUUGUACAUGACAUACUUUUUGUCAUGAAAUUUGAGGGUUUAUUUUGUAUGUCCUUCUUUGUCUUUUUUUUUUUUAUUUGAACGUAAAGAUGUAUAUUGCACUGUGUUGUACUGGCCAGUGUCUUAAAGUGAAUACAUUCUUAAUAAAAUUUACUUGACUUGA